AUCACUGGAUUCUGAUCUCGCGCUGUCAACAUGUGCUACCUUGACGCUGCCGAGCAGCAAACCAUGGCGGAGGAUGGCUCAACUGAUUUAAAAGAGAGUAUCCAAAGUAAAAUUGAAGAAACUCGGGAGAAGUUCCGCUCUGAAUAUGCACAAGAGCCCACAGACAGGUAUGAGAGCAGUGAUUUGGAGAGGCUGUGGAGGGAGGACGGCUUGGUGGAGAGCUACCUGGAGUGGAGGCACUUUGUUGUGGAAGAUGCUUUGAAGAUGAUCGAUGAGAGUCUUCGGUGGAGGAAAGAGCUCAACGUGAACGAAAUCAAUGAAAGCUGCACACAGAAAUCUCUCCUGGAGUCUGGGAUGCACUAUCUCCACGGCUAUGAUAAGGAAGGCAACAAAUUGUUCUGGUUCAGGGUGAAGCUGCUUGUUAAGGAUGUGCGACUCCUGCAGGAGAAGAAGAAAUACGUGGCCUUCUGGCUGGAGCGUUACGUCCGGAGGGAGCCAGGGUCGCUGCUCACCGUCGUCUUCGACAUGACUGACUCUGGCCUGAGUAAUGUAGAUAUGGAUUUUGUUAAGUAUAUCAUUAAUUGUUUCCAAGUGUACUACCCCAGGUUGCUGUCUAAAAUGCUAGUAUAUGAAAUACCAUGGAUCAUGAAUGCAGCUUGGAGGAUAGUGAAGAGCUGGCUGGGCCCAGAUGCCAUCAGCAGGCUGAGGUUUGUCUCCAGAAGUGACAUCCAGAGCUACAUCGAUGCAGAGCAUCUCCCCUUUCACAUGGGAGGAACGGAUGGCUUCAGUUACAGCUACCCGCCUCUGCCUGACGAGGACUUCCAGUCACCCAUGUCGGAGUCGCCCAGCCAGGACGACGAGACUGAGCUGAAGGAUGGAGAUGUGGGCAGCACAGACAGCUUUGAACCAGCACCAAGACCCCGAAAGGUGUGCUUUGCAGACGAUGGAGGUACAGAUGCUGGCAGCAGAGGCCGAGCCACCCGGAGACCCAACACAACAUUUAAAAGCUCUCUGCUCCAUGUCAGUCCAGCUGAGGAGCUGUGCUUUGGUCUGAGAGAGGCUGAGAAGAGAUGCCUUAUCAUCCUACAAAAUGUCACCAAAAAUGCUGUGGCCUAUAAGGUAAGAACCACAGCCCCAGAGAAGUACAGGGUGAAGCCCAGCAGUGGCAGCUGUGCCGCAGGGACAAGUGUGGAGAUCACAGUCUCACUGCAUGGAGGCUCUCAGUCGGCUCCUCAGGACCGUUUCCUCAUCAUGGCUGCUGAAAUGGAACCAGUUGUCACAGGAGCGAACCAGGACCUGGCCCAGUUCUGGAAGGAGAUCCCCAAGUCUAAAGUCAUGGAGCGCAGACUGAAGUGCCACAUCCUGCAGAGUCUAAAGCCCACACUCAAUCUCGAUAACCACAACUACAACAGCCCAGCGAUCAGUAAUGGCACAAACGGCCACCAAGACAUCCACACCACGCUUCUGCAGGUGAUGGCCAGCAGCCGCCGCCUGGAGCAGAAGCUGGAUCGCUGCCUUUGGACCCAGAAAGUUAUUAUUGUCCUGGUAAUGGCACUGGCAGCACUGUGGUGCUCCACCCUCUACAUGUAGCAUGCGGAUGAAAUCACUAUUUUGACACCAAAUUCAGAGGGGCGGGGAUGAACAACUCAUCUGUCACUCACCUGUGGAGAAAAGUGGACCAAGCUUUUGUGAAUCUGCCUUGUGGACAUUCCUGAUUUAAUGCAGCAAUUUGCACUACCCAUCUGACUAUUUUCAUUCUUGUGAAAAAUAAUGUGUAAAUACAGAUAACUCAAUAGUUGAAACUGUAAUUAUUCAUGGUUUGUACAUUUCAUUCUGUGACAGACCUCUCACUUCUCUGUUGAAAAUCCUUGUGGAUUUGUGUGGCAAUAAAUUAAGGGCUGAAAACAA